UGAGUAGUUUUCUGAGAAGAGACCAUAUUUGCACGUAGAGGAAGCAGUUGCUUUCUGGGAUACCGCUGCAGGAUAACAUUAAGGUAGAAAAUUUUAAUGAAAGCAGUGUAAGUCUUCACCGGAUGAGAAAGCACCUCUCUCCUCAAACUUGGGUUUAGCAGCCCAGCUCAAGGAUGUUCUGCUGAUCUGUGAAUGAUUUUCCCUCUGCUCUGCAAACAAAAACCGAAAUGGCUUUACGGAACAUUCCCUUUCGGACAGAGGUGCUGGGCUGGGACCCUGAAGACCUCGCUGAGUAUUUUAAGAAGCUGAACUUCAAAGACUGUGAGAAAGCGGUCAGAAAGUUCCACAUUGACGGAGAGAGGUUUUUGAACUUGUCUGACAAUGACAUUCAGAAGUUUCCCAAGCUCCGAGUGCCAAUUUUAAGCAAAUUAAGUCAAGAUAUCAACAAGAAUGAAGAAAGAAAAAGUAUAUUUGCAAGAAAGACUCCGGCACAGAGGUUUCCUGAUGAGUCGGAUUGUAGAGAUGAGGAGGAUGGAGGCUGGUCUUCCUUUGAGGAUGAUUACGAAAGCCCUGACGGGGACCAGGAUGGGGAGGAUGAUGGGGACUAUGAGUCUCCCAACGAGGAGGGUGAGGCUGCUCCAGAGGAUGAGGCUGAUUACGAGCCUCCUCCAACCAACGAUGAGGAAGCACUACAGAAUGCAAUCCUUCCUGCCAAACCUUUUCAGAACUCUGUGUACAUCGACAGGCCCGCCUCUGGGAAAUCCCCUCAGCAGCCUCCAGUGCCACCUCAGCGCCCCAUGGCAGUUCCCAUGCCAGGAUAUGGGGGUAGAAGCGGCACCCCACCUCAGCCUCCGCCUUCCAACCAUGAAGAACCUAGCAGAAAUAGAAACCUUAAACCUGUUAAACUCCCAGCUCCCUCAAUAGACAGAAGUACCAAACCACUGCUGGAUCGCUCAAUAUCUCCAUUUGACAGGGAUUCUUCAGGACCAGGGAAGAAACCAGUUUAUCCUGAAAAGUCCUUGGUGCCCCAAAUGAGGUCUCUUGGUGAACAUUUAUCAAAGAUACAGAAGCCUCCUCUGCCAACAGGGGAAAGGCAUGAAAGAAGUAGUCCCAUUCCUGGAAAGAAGCCACCACUACCAAAGCCAGGGUGGGGAAUGGACCGAAGAGGUGAUGAAGAAGACGAGGCUCAUCAAAGGCCUCUGCCACAGCCAGCUUUGCCGCCUUUCAAUUCUAAUACUUUCCCUUCGAGAACCACCAAGCCAGCUCCCAAGCACUCCCUUCCAGGAACUAACAGCAUGCCUGGAUCAUUUGCAGGAAGUAACUUGUCUGCAAGCAGCUCACUGCCACCAAACUUCUCACAAGGUCACAUCAACAGAUCUUUUUCUAGAGGGGCUGCUGAUGGCAGAUCCUUACCACCUCCCAACAAGCAGUUCCCAAGGCCACCAUCUCCAGAGGAUAAUGAGGAUUCAAUGAAUGAAGAAUGGUACGUUUCUUAUAUUACCCGACCAGAGGCAGAAGCCGCACUUAGGAAGAUAAACCAGGAUGGAACCUUCUUAGUGAGAGACAGUACUAAAAAAACAGUAACUCAUCCAUAUGUUCUUAUGGUAUUGUACAAAAAUAAGGUGUACAAUAUUCAGAUCCGUUACCAGGAGCAAAGCCAAGUUUACUUAUUGGGAACUGGACUGAGAGGAAAAGAGGAUUUUUUGUCAGUGGCAGAUAUUAUCGAUUAUUUCAGAAAAACACCACUUCUACUGAUAGAUGGCAAAAAUCGCGGCUCGAGAUACCAGUGCAUUUUAACAUACGCCGCGGGGUAUGCUUAGACAGCUUGUCCGGUGAAUGUCAGCAUAUCAGCAUAAGAAGCAGAGCUAUCACCGUCAGGAGAUGGACGGAGACCUUGGACUGAAUGCAGAAUGUCCCUCUUUAGGAAGCAAAAUAAGAUUAUGUCUUGGUUCAAAACUGUUUGAAAUGAAGACUGUCAAGUACCCUUUCUACAAUUUAUUUAUUAUUCUUCGAUGUCUAUAAGUUGCCUGAAUGAAGUUCAUGAGCAGUGUAUAUCAGAUGUCAAGUGCAUAGCAGGUCUUCAUUUUAUUACACGUUUUUGACAUAUAUUCUGCACAUCUAUCUCUUUUAAGGCAUAUAAAUUUUUUUCCCAGGCACAAAGCCAACUACAGUUGAAGUCAUGUAAACUAUGUUACUGUCUGAAAAAUAGUAACACUUAAGCUGAUCAUAAACAAAAGCUGUUUAUAUGCAUCACACAAAUUAAUCUCUGUUACAAUAAAAACCUAUAUCAAUCAUUGCCAAUCAUCAUUUUAUAUACAUAACUGGAACUGCAUGAACUCCAAUUCUUAUCCAACAAUAAUUUCAAGAGCUUUAAAGUAUCUUUGCCUGCAGAAUUUUUAUUUGAAAUAUAAAUGUGCAUUGCAGGGCGUCAAUGUGUGUUGUUUUUCCUGUUGAAAUUAACAUGCCAUUUUGAUUCAUAUCCAUGCCUCAGCAUUAUUUUAUUGCUUAUUAAGGCUAUGCCAUUUUUGCUGUACUUUUGGAUUCAGGAUCAUAUUUCCACUGAAGGGACCCUUAGGAGAAACACAAAAAUUAAUAAGUUACCAUUCCUAUUUUACUGCCUCACCGAAAGUACUUCUGAUCAUUAUUUCCCACAUAUUUAUUUAGUCUGAUAUUUCAAGGAAUGCCCUUAACUUAGAAUAAGGAUUUCUACCCCUUUAUUAAAAGUACUCUCAUGACAUUUUCCUAUUUAAUUUACAAAAUAAAAUGACCGUUCAAGAAA